AUCCCGCCUCCCUCUCCGGCGGACACGCCGACCGCUACUCCCAUAGCCUGUCAGGAAGUGUUAUGACUUGCUGCCAUAGGUCUUUGUGAGGCAGGCAGGAAUGCUGGUGUUUCAGAUUAGCCUUGAAGGGUGUGGAGCGAGUACUGCCUCUACUGCUGCAACCGCUGGUGCCUACAGCUCCAUUCUCAGCUCACGUCGGGACGAAGGACACACUUUAUUCGACUGAGAGAGCUUCAGGUUGUUCUUUGGGAGAUGGCAGGAAAGAUAUCCAAAGAAGAGCUGGAAGAGUUGCGGGAGGCCUUCGGGAAAGUCGAUUUGAACGGCAAUGGCUUUAUCUGUGACUAUGAGCUCCACGACCUGUUCAAAGAGGCCAAUCUGCCCCUGCCGGGGUACAAAGUCCGAGAGAUCAUCCAGAAACUGAUGGAAGAGGGUGACAAAGACAAGGACAAUAAGAUCAGCUUUAAUGAGUUUGUGUCUGUAAGUGAGAAUCUUAACCUGGCUCUUAACUCGGCCUCUGCCAUUGGCUGUCAUGUGGUCAACAUCGGGGCUCUGGACCUUCGGGAAGGCAAACCUCAUCUGGUUUUGGGCCUGCUGUGGCAGAUCAUCAAAAUUGGUCUGUUUGCUGACAUUGAGCUGAGCAGAAACGAGGCUCUGGCGGCAUUGUUGAGGGAUGGAGAGACACUCGAGGAUCUGAUGAAACUGUCUCCGGAGGAAUUGUUGCUUCGCUGGGCCAACUUCCAUCUGGAGAAUGCCGGCUGGAGCAAGAUCAACAACUUCAGCCAUGAUAUUAAGGACUCGAGGGCUUAUUUCCACCUGCUCAACCAGAUCGCGCCGAAAGGUCAGAAGGAGGGUGAAGAUCGUAUUGACAUUGACAUGUCAGGCUUCAGCGAGAAAGAUGACCUGAAGAGAGCCGAGUGUAUGCUGCAGCAGGCAGACAGGCUGGGCUGCAGACAGUUUGUCACGUCUACUGACGUCGUGUCUGGCAACCCUAAACUCAACUUGGCCUUUGUGGCCAAUCUCUUCAACAAGUACCCAGCGCUGACCAAACCCGAGAAUCAGGACAUCAACUGGGGACUUCUGGAGGGAGAGACCAGAGAGGAGAGGACUUUCAGAAACUGGAUGAAUUCUCUGGGUGUCAGUCCUCAUGUCAAUCACUUAUACGGUGACCUUCAAGAUGCUCUGGUCAUCCUGCAACUUUAUGAGAAGAUCAAGGUUCCUGUCGACUGGAACAACAAAGUCAACAAGCCUCCAUAUCCUAAACUAGGGGCCAACAUGAAAAAACUGGAGAACUGUAACUACGCUGUAGAACUGGGGAAGACCAAAGCCAAUUUCUCUCUGGUGGGCAUCGGGGGGCAAGACUUGAAUGAUGGGAACCCAACGCUCACUCUCGCCCUCGUCUGGCAGCUCAUGAGGAGAUACACUCUGAAUGUACUAGAGGGCCUGGGCGACGGGCAGAAGGUUAACGAUGACAUAAUCGUCAACUGGGUUAAUAAGACUUUGUCGGGAGCAGGAAAAUCAACCAAAAUCUCCAGUUUCAAGGACAAAGAGAUCAGCUCCAGUCUGGCGGUGCUGGACCUGAUUGAUGCCAUCCAGCCCGGCUGCGUCAACUACGACCUCGUGAAGAGAGGAAGCCUCAGCGACGAAGACAAACUGGACAAUGCGAAGUUUGCUGUGUCCAUGGCCAGGAAGAUUGGCGCUCGUGUGUACGCUCUGCCUGACGAUCUAGUGGAGGUCAAACCCAAGAUGGUGAUGACCGUGUUCGCGUGUCUAAUGGGCAGAGGGAUGAAGAGGGCGUAAAGCGGGACCCUGCGGACAAUCAAACGCUGAUGUCCUACCCACAAGCCAUUUUGCUGGUUGAAAGGCUUCUGGUUCAGUAAAUUUAUUACAACCACAAUUUAAAAAAAAAAUGCCAACAGAUGUUAAAGAAUCAUGUUUAAGUUUGGCGGGACUGCAAUGUUGAAAUGGGCUUGAAGUUUAUGGAAGGGGACCAAAACAUUUACGAUUCCAUCUGCAGAAGGGACAAAUUUAUACCAAAUUAUACCAUCUUCAGUGAAUUUCAAGAUGACUAAAGCAUAUCUGCGCUGGAUCCAACCCAUGUCAGACUCAGCUUUGCAAUACUCUAUUUACAUAAUUGAUAAAGGAUGUGUGUACGAGUGAUAGGUGUAGUUUUGACAGCUUUGGACAUUUAGAGUCACGACUGGCCUUACUAGAUGCAGUAUUGCCUCUCUGCAGAACAUGACUGUGUUUGAAUCAUUGAAUUGGACCGCUUAUUCUCCUUAUGUUACAGAAUUUACCAGAACGGUUUCAGUGAGACACUUUAACACAUUCCAUAGUUAAAUCUCAGUGUACUAUUUGUCUCAUGUAUAUGUAUACUCUUUUUACGUACAAGACACAUCCAAACAGAAUGAACUAUGCAUGAUCUAUAUUUUUAUUUAAAACAAUACACUCAGAAAAUGGCUUUAAAAGCUUUAAGCAUUAACCAAUCCAUGCUGUUCGUUCAAUACGAAGAUGACAAAUAAAGGUCAUCACAUGUGGUCAGUGUCAAACCUGUUACCGCUGGUUGAUGAUAAGUGACUGUGUUGCCGGGAAUGAAACUGGAAGUGGCUGGUCAUACGGCAGCAUGUUAUCUAUGGACCGAAGCAGCUCAAUCCAAAUGUCUGUAACUGAAAACAUCAUACAAAUAAAGCAGAAAAUGCAACUGUGCAUUGUAUGCCA